CAAGAUGAAAUAGGGAGAAAUGAGAGGCCCAAAAUUGCCAACCUUACAUUCUUUGUGAUAUACACACAACACAAAUGUACAAACAACAAAAGGUCUAAAAGAUCUCUUAGCCUACUAUGGGUUGGAGAUUGUAUUACCUUAUCCUAUCCCCAACAACAAAAUUAAACAAAAAAAAAAAAAAAAACCUCUUAUAUUAUUUCCUCUUAGAUAGAUAAUAUACUCACAAGUACUAACACAAAACCAAAAAAAAAAUAAAAAAAAAAUAAAAAAAAAAUUAGUUAUAUAUAAUAUAUAUUCUUUCCCCUUAUCUACCUUUGUUUCAUUUCAUUUACAACAUUCCUCAUCUUAUCUUAGCUUCAUUUUAAGUUCUCUCUUCUUAUUCUUCUUCAUUCAUAACAAAGUUCAACAUUUUCUUGAUACAUAUGAGUUUUCAUGUGAAUAUAUGAGAAUUAUUUGAAACUAUUUUAAGUUUUUUUUUUUUCUUUUUUGUUAACAAUAUAUUAAUAUUGAAGUGUGGAAAAAAAAAAAUGGCACCAAAAACAGGUAAAACUAAGCCACACAAAGCAAAGGGAGAGAAGAAGAAGAAAGAAGAGAAAGUUCUGCCAAAUGUUAUAGAGAUAACAGUGGAAACACCUGAAGACUCACAAGUGAUGCUUAAGGGAAUAUCAACGGACAAGAUUUUAGAUGUGAGAAAGCUCUUAGCCGUCCACGUGGAGACAUGUCAUUUGACUAAUUACUCCUUGUCACAUGAGAUAUUAGGAGAUCAAGUAGACCAUUUCUUGAGGAUAAAACAGAAGAUGAUUUUUUCCAAAUAGAUGUUCGAAUUUGCAGUGGCAAGCCAACAACAAUUGUUGCUUCUAGGAGAGGUUUCUAUCCUGCUGGAAAACGCGCUCUGUCGAGUCACUCUCUGGUUGGAUUGUUGCAACAAUUAAGUCGAGUUUUCGAUGCUGCAUACAAGGCUCUCAUGAAAGGAUUCACUGAGCAUAAUAAGUUUGGGAAUCUUCCUUAUGGUUUUCGAGCGAACACAUGGGUUGUCCCUCCUUUUGUUGCUGACAAUCCAGCUACUUUUCCUCCACUUCCGAUGGAAGACGAGAAUUGGGGAGGAAAUGGAGGUGGACAAGGUAGAGAUGGUAAGCAUGAUCAUAGGCCGUGGGCGAAGGAGUUUGCGAUUCUGGCAGCAAUGCCUUGUAAAACCGCGGAAGAAAGGCAAAUUCGAGAUAGGAAAGCAUUUCUACUUCACAGUCUAUUCGUCGAUGUAUCAGUUCUCAAAGCAGUUGCUUCCAUAAAGCAUCUAGUGGACUAUAGCCAGUGCGGAACAAAUCGAUCUUCAUACGAGGAAAAGAUUGGAGAUCUUCUUAUCAGCGUGACGAAAGACAUGUCAGACGCGAGCAAGAAACUGGACAACAAAAACGAUGGUGUCCAGGUGCUAUGCAUGUCGCCGGAGGAUCUUGCAAAGAGAAACUUAUUAAAAGGCGUAACUGCAGAUGAGAGUGCAACUGUUCAUGAUACUUCUACCUUGGGUGUAGUGGUGGUUAGACACUGCGGCUACACAGCGAUCGUAAAAGUUGCAGCUGAGGUGAACUGGGGGACAAGUCCUAUUCCUCAGGAUAUUGAAAUAGAUGACCAGGCAGAGGGAGGUGCAAAUGCAUUAAACGUUAACAGCUUGAGAAUGCUACUGCACAAGACGUCAACGCCUCAGCCGUCUAGCCAAGUACAUAAACUACACGGUGCAGAUGUCGAAGACAUUCUGGCUGCUAAGCCUUUAGUAAGACAGGUGCUUGGUGAAAGCUUGCAGAAGUUACAGGAAGAAGGUAGUAAACAAAUGAAAUCGAUAAGAUGGGAGCUGGGUGCAUGUUGGGUGCAACAUUUGCAAAAUCAAGUCUCCGGGAAAGCUGAGUCUAAGAAAACUGACGAAGCUAAAGUAGAGCCAGCGGUAAAGGGUCUCGGGAAGCAUGGUGGUUUGCUGAAGGAAAUCAAGAAGAAAUCAACUGACAAGAACGGCAAAGCCAGUUCAGGGAACGAAGUUUCUUCAAGUGAAACCAACAGGAAAGAUCUAGAGAAACAAGACGAGGAAAUGGAGAUUCUUUGGAAAAAGGUGCUACCUGAAGCAGCAUAUUUACGCCUAAAGGAAUCAGAAACUGGUCUACACCUUAAGUCACCUGAUGAGUUGAUCAGUAUGGCACAUAAAUACUACGCUGAUACCGCGCUUCCAAAACUGGUUGCUGAUUUUGGGUCACUGGAGCUUUCACCCGUCGAUGGAAGGACAUUGACAGAUUUCAUGCAUACUAGGGGUUUGCAAAUGUGCUCCUUGGGGCGCGUGGUGGAACUUGCGGACAAACUUCCUCACGUUCAAUCUCUUUGUAUUCACGAGAUGGUUGUUAGAGCUUACAAACACGUACUGCAGGCUGUUGUCGCAGCAGUUGAUAAUAUUGCUAAUGUGGCUGCAUCAAUAGCUUCUUGUUUAAAUGUAUUGCUCGGGACUCCCUCCGCAGAAAAUGGUGAUUCAGAUGAUGAGUUGAAAUGGAAGUGGAUAGAAACUUUUCUGUCGAAGAGGUUUGGGUGGCCGUGGAAGGAUGAAAGUCGGGAGGAUCUUAGAAAAUUUGCCAUUCUUCGUGGUCUUUGCCAUAAGGUAGGACUUGAGCUUGUGCCCAAAGACUACGAUAUGGACUCUCCAUUUCCUUUCAAGAAGUCGGAUAUUAUAAGCAUGGUCCCCGUGUACAAGCAUGUCGCGUGCUCAUCAGCAGAUGGGCGUACGCUGCUGGAAUCAUCGAAAACUUCCCUGGAUAAAGGCAAACUGGAGGAUGCUGUAAAUUUUGGAACUAAGGCACUCUCAAAACUCGUUUCUGUAUGUGGUCCUUACCAUCGAAUGACAGCGGGUGCAUACAGUCUCUUAGCUGUGGUACUCUACCACACUGGAGAUUUUAAUCAGGCUACAAUCUAUCAACAAAAAGCGUUGGAUAUUAAUGAAAGAGAGCUUGGACUUGACCACCCUGAUACAAUGAAGAGUUAUGGCGAUUUAGCAGUUUUCUACUACCGACUUCAACACACAGAGUUGGCGUUAAAGUAUGUCAAUCGUGCCCUCUAUCUUUUGCAUCUUACUUGUGGACCUUCUCAUCCAAAUACUGCUGCAACAUAUAUAAAUGUUGCGAUGAUGGAGGAAGGUCUCGGAAAUGUCCACGUUGCACUAAGGUACCUUCACGAGGCUCUUAAGUGUAACCAGAGACUUCUUGGAGCUGACCAUAUUCAAACUGCGGCCAGCUAUCAUGCUAUUGCAAUCGCUCUUUCUUUAAUGGAAGCAUAUUCGUUGAGCGUUCAGCAUGAGCAAACUACACUUCAGAUACUGCAAGCUAAACUUGGACCUGAUGAUUUACGUACUCAGAAUUUUCUGCAGGAUGCUGCGGCAUGGCUUGAGUAUUUCGAAUCUAAAGCACUUGAGCAGCAAGAAGCUGCGCGAAAUGGUACCCCGAAGCCUGAUGCCUCUAUCUCUAGCAAAGGCCAUCUAAGUGUCUCGGAUUUGUUGGAUUACAUAGCUCCAGAUGCGGAGAUGAAGGCUAGAGAAGCGCAAAAGAAGCAAGCUCGCGCAAAGGUUAAAGGCAAAGCGGGGCAAAAUGGAGGAAUAGCUACCGAUGAAUUUGAGAAGGAUGAACUUCUUUCUCCAACUAGUCCUGUUGUGGAGAACUCUAGCGAUAAAGAGAACAAGUCAGAACUAGACAACAAGUCGGAAUUGAAGAUCGCGGAACCCACGCCUAAGCAAUCUGACCACAUUUUGAUAGAACAGACACUAAUGGAGAAAAAUGAUGAUGUGAUACAAGAGGAUACCUCUGAGGAAGGAUGGCAAGAGGCUUUACCCAAAGGCCGUUCAACGAUGGGGCGUAAGCCUUCUAGUGCUAGGAGACCUAACCUUGCAAAACUUAACACCAACUUCACGAACGCUUCCCAUUUACCAAGAGGUCGAGGUAAAACCGCUAAUUUUCCAUCUCCAAGAUUGACUCCAAAUGAAUCAACGGCAUCGUCUGGGCUAUCUCCUGCUUCAAAGAAGUUUGUGAAGAGUGUUAGUUUCAGUCCUAAGUUAAACACUGCUUCUUCACCAGCUGGUGGUACUGAGAGAUCGUCUAAGCCCAAAUCGGCACCCACCAGCCCUGCUCAAACAGAACAAGUUGUCAAGACUAAUUCAAUUGUCAGCUCAAUCAGCGUUCAGGCAGCUGGAAAACUAUUUUCUUACAAAGAAGUUGCUUUAGCUCCACCUGGUACCAUUGUCAAAGCAGUGGCGGAGCAGUUGCCGAAGGAUAGUAGUUCAGAACAAAACAAGGAGACUGUGGCAAAUGAUUCAACUCUGCCGACAACAGCGAGUACCAAUGAUGGAGAAAAGGCUCAGAAAGUCGGUGAAGAGAAACAUGAUGAUUCUGGUGAAAAAACCAAUGAAGCAGUCAAUGACACUCAACAAAGUAAAGAGAAAGCGCCUGUGUCAGAUGAAUCUUCCGAGGGGACAAAAGGUGAUGCUACAGGGGAGAAAGAAGGGAAUGUUGUCACAGCGUCAGAAGUAAAGCCUGCUGCUAAAACCGAAGGAGGAGACUCCACAAAUAGCGGUUCUUCCAGUGAUUCAAAUGCUACUUCCAAAGUCAAUGUGCCGGAAAGCAAAGCUGAUAAAAGCCCGGACACCUCUUCUGAUCUUGAACCUGCUACUGAUUUAGUGACGGAGAAGGAUGCUCGUCUUACAAAUGAAGGAGCUGCAGUAAAAGAGAAGAAUGGUGAUGAACCCCGUGAUCCAGGAAGUGUCGCAUUGCCAACUGGAGUAGAUAAAGAUAUCAGCGGCAAUGCUAGUGCCGUGCCUACUGAAUCAGACCAACAAGGUGAUUCUGAGACUGGAAAAGAAGCAACCAAGAAACUUUCGGCAGCUGCACCACCAUUUAAUCCAUCGCCUGUUCCAGUUUUUGGCACUAUCGUAGCACCAGUUUUCAAGGAGCAUGGAGGAAUAUUACCCCCUCCUGUGAAUAUCCCUCCAUUGCUUCCUGUGAAUCCUGUUCGUAGAUCACCACAUCAGUCGGCAACAGCUCGAGUUCCAUAUGGUCCACGCUUGUCAGGUGGCUAUGGUAGGUCUGGGAAUCGAGUUCCACGAAAUAAGCCUGCUUUUCUCAAUGGUGAACCUAAUGGGGAUGCGAGCCAUUUCACGAUUCCUAGAAUCAUGAACCCACAUGCAGCUGAGUUUGUCCCCGGCCAACCAUGGGUUCCAAAUGGCUUUCCAGUUGCUCCAAAUGGUUACAUGGCUUCACCAAAUGGUAUGCCUGUUUCGCCGAAUGGAUAUCCCGUAUCACCAAAUAGCAUACCAGUAUCACCAGAUGGUUCUCCAGCAUCCUUGGACAGCACGCCAGAGACUGAAAACGGACUGCCAGUAUCUCCGGUUGAGGCAGGAGAAUCUCCUUCAGCUGUAACCGUGGAAGGUGAUGCUGAAAAUCAUGAUACAGCGGUGGCAGAUGGGACUGAAGCAGAAACCUCCGGAAGUAUGGUAACUGCCGAGAUAGAAAGUCAGCAGAUCAUGGAGGAUCAGGAAGAAGACGUGGAAAAACUACAUGACAUUCCUAGAGAUGAUGAGAUAUCACAAUGUGAAAAUGGAGAAAUGACGGAAGAUACACCUGCACCAUCUGAUGAGAUUACUGGUUCAAAAGAAACAUCGAGUACCGUUGUUCUUGAGGAGAAAGGAACCAAGUGUUGGGGAGAUUAUAGUGACGGUGAAAAUGAGGUUGUUGAAGUAGCAAGUUGAGUAGCUACUACAUUCGUGUUAAAAGCAGUGACCUGCUCUUCGUCAAUUGGUUUUUUUGUCUUUACGUUACCGGGGAUUCCUCAGGACCAGAAGCAGAAUCACAGGGCUGUUUUCAUGCUUAUAUGUCUGGUGAAGAUCAAAACCAAGUAAUGCGCCGACUUCCUGGUACAGUUGACUUGGUUGAUCAAACUCGUUGGAUUUUUUAUUAGCACGACCACAGGUUGCUGCACAGAGAAAACAUAAUUAUAUCGAAUCCUGAAGGAACGGAGUCCAUCCAUCCAUGUAUGUGUUAAAUUCCACUUUUUCUCUUCAAUUUUGUGAGCUCGAACAGAAGAUGCAAAAGAUUGCUGCUCUUUCGAGUUUGUCAGGUGAUACGUUAGAGAUGAACUACGGUGCAUGGGGAGCAAUCAUCUUCUCAAAAUGAGUUCAAGAUUGAUUGUUUUCUCAUCGCAUUCUUUCGCAAUAACCUGAUUACUGUCAAUCUAAUAAGUGAUGCUUCAUAGUUUAGUGUAUAACUUUUUGUAUAGUAAAAACAUCUUCAUGGAUUUUGUAAUUUAUCUCCAUCUUGUUUGAGUGCAACUCCACCAAUGUGUUUUUCCAA